CCCCUAGCAGUAACAAACUUCCACCGCCAUCGCCACUGUUUUUUUGAAUUCCAGGCGGCGGCCGGCGGCGGCUAAUCAGGAGGAAAACAAGCCCCGUAUCUCACUAAUUUCUUAGGAUUCUUUUCCUCAUUAACUUCCUUUGCUGCUGCCAAACGCUAGAAAGCCAAAUUCGAAGUGACGAAUUCAUGGCUGAACCUGAACCUGAACCUGAUCAAAGUUUGGGUGAGCACGAAGUUGACGGGCAAGAAGAGAAUUCGCAGCCUGAGCAAGCACAGGAACCUGAAGAUGAUUCUGUUGCUGCUGGCGGUGGUGAAAGGUGGCCAGGGUGGCCUGGAGAAAGUGUCUUCCGCAUAUUGGUCCCGGCACAGAAGGUUGGAAGCAUAAUUGGGCGAAAAGGGGAGUUCAUUAAGAAAAUGUGCGAGGAGACGAAAGCUCGCAUCAAAAUUCUCGAUGGUCCUCCUGGAACAACAGAAAGAGCUGUGAUGAUAUCUGCCAAGGAAGAGCCUGAUUCUUCUCUACCGCCAGCUAUUGAAGGCCUUCUAAGAGUCCAUAAACGAGUUGUGGAUGGACUGGACAGUGAUUCAUCUCAUGCAGCUCCUGUAGGAGGCAAGGUUUCAACAAGGCUGCUUGUUCCAGCUGCACAGGCAGGGAAUUUAAUUGGAAAACAAGGCGCGACAGUCAAAUCCAUUCAAGAAGCAUCUAAUUGUAUCGUUAGAGUUCUUGGAGCAGAGGAGCUGCCCAUAUUUGCUUUUCCCGAUGAUAGGAUCGUGGAAGUUGCAGGAGAACCUACAGCUGUACACAAGGCCAUUGAAUUAAUUGCUUCCCAUUUGAGGAAAUUUUUAGUUGAUCGCAGCAUAAUUCCGAUAAUUGAAGUGCAUAUGCAAAAGCCAAUUCAGCAAAUGGAAUAUGCGCCUCCAAUCCCCUCCUGGGGUCCACCGCCUCAUCCAUUUCCUCCAGGUGUCUCUGGAGGUCCUGGAUAUGGGAUUAACUCCCAAUUUGCACCGGCAGCUCCUCGUCAACACGACAAUUUUUAUUCUCCAGUUGAGAUGCUGCCUCAUCUGGAAAAACAGCCUCAUCAGGGCAUAUCAGCUUAUGGCAGAGAAGCUCCAGCGGCAGUGCAUUCAUCAUCGAACAACCAGCCAGUGCAAUCAAUAAUCACUCAGGUCACACAACAAAUGCAAGUUCCUCUAUCUUAUGCUGAUGCUGUAAUUGGGACUUCUGGUGCCAAUAUAAGUUACAUUCGGCGGCUUAGUGGUGCCACUGUUACCAUACAGGAAACCAGGGGAGUACCAGGAGAAAUGACAGUUGAGAUUAAUGGAAGUGCAUCUCAAGUUCAAACAGCUCAACAGUUGAUUCAGAAUUUCAUGGCAGAUGCUGCAGCAGCACAGACACAGACAGCUACACACGCUGACCAAGGCUACAAUGUUUAUGCAGCCCCGAAUACUCCCUAUGCGCCUGCCCCUCCAAAUCCUGGUCUUGGGGGACAGAGUGGGGGCUAUGGCUCAGUCUAUGGCACCAACUAUGGUUACUGAACCGUAUUCAUAUGAAAACAUUAAACUAUGUCAUUUUGGUCAACUUCUACUUGCUUAAAAAGAUUAUUUUUGGUACCUUAGCUUAUGCUGUGGGAUUCUUUCUUUAUUUCUUUACAGUGGUCAGUAAAAUGGUUAACAAACACAUUUCUUGCGUGUUUUAGGAUUAUGUCACCAUUGAAUUAAGUAAUUGUGAUUAUAGCUUCCUUGCUACUCAUUUGGAGGGAAUAAGGUCUUUGCCAUUUGGUUCAUACGCAACUUGCUAAUUAAAACUAAA